AUGGAGCCCGGGCUCUGCGUGCGCCCGACGCAGCGCUUCGCCGUCAUCGAACGACGACCACAGCAGAGCGACGUCCCGCGCGUGCCGCUGGCCGAGGUCGCGGCGCCGCGCACGCUCGAGCUGCUGCGCGAGCGCGGCUACGUCGUCGUGACCGACCUCGACGACGCCUUCCUGCGCGCCAUCGCCGCGCAGGAGCGCGCCUUCCUCGACUUCUACGCGCGCGACGCCGCGCGCAAGAAGCGGUGCGUCGGCACGGUCUACCUCUCGGAGCGCGGCCAGCCCAUGUUCAGCCGCGGCUACGAGCGGCAGGAGCGCGUCCGCGAGUGCUUCCGCGCGCAGGCGUCCGCGCCGGCGGCGCAGCCCUGGCCGAAUCGCGGCGCGCGCGCGGCCUGGGUCGACCUCGUGGGGCGCCUCGCGACGCUGGCCGACGCCGUGCUCGACGCGGCCGUCGGCGCGCGGUCGCGGCCGCGCGACGGCGACGACGACUUCUCGCUGGCCUACUCCUUCCUCUACGGGGUCGACGACGGCGGCGGCAACGGCGGCGACGCGUCGACGCUCGUCGGCGAGCACGCGGACGUGUCGCUCGUCGUCUGCGAGCCCGUGAGCCGCGCGCCGGGCCUCGAGGUCUUCGACGCGAAACUGCGGCGAUGGCUCGGCGUCGAGGCCGCGUGCGCGCCCGGCGAGGAGGUCGUCGUCUUCGGGGGCAGGGCCUUCGAGCACCGUACGGGCAUCCCCGCCUGCCGGCACCGCGUCGUCAAGUGCGCGCCGGCGAGGCCGCGCCACGUGUUCCUCUACGAGCAGAAGUACGCCGCGUUUUUCCAGCACCUGCGCCAGUUCGAUGGGUAG